AUCGGUGUGGUAGAGAAACAUAAAGUAUAAGUGUUUUCAAAUGGAGUUCAAUUGAAAGUUGAGAAUCUUUUUGAGGACACGUGGGAGCAUAUUUAUCAUAUUGUCCUCUCAUUUUAGGCAAUUAUAUGAGUAACUUUCAGCAAAAUAAAAUAAAAUAUAUUAAUACCUAUAUUAAUAAAGAUGGAUUUUUCAGGAAAAAAAAAAUGUGAAUAAAGAUAGAAAUCAGUUUUAUCAGUUAUAGGGAGAGAGAUUGGCCGUUCUCUUUCAACAAUAUGCAAAUUUCCCUCUCUUUUUUCUGUCAACCUCCCCUUUCCCCGCUGAAACUUGCACCCCACGUCCCAUUCCCUCUUGAACAAACAACAUAGCCUGAAGAGAGCAUCACAAAAAAACCCUUUCUUCUCAUUUCUCCCACUCCAGAAAGGGUUUUUCUUCAAAAUCCAGAUAAUUCAAAGGAGAUAAGUUGUUGUGGCAAUGCCAGAGAAUGAUGCUCAGAAGACAAAGUCCUUCCAUUUCAGGAAGAUCUUUGAGCUUCCUGGUAGACACAGUCAUAGCAUGGAACUUGAGGAAGAAUUGGAAAUUGAAGAGAGGCCAUGUAAGAGUGGGAGCUCCUCUACCCAUGACGUUUCGCGCGCAGGAGUUACUCUCGUCCCAAUUAAACCCAUCGAAAAUGCUCCGGUUCCUGCUCCCAAGCCUAAAAUCCCUAGCCAGCCUACAGAUUUGGAGAUGAUGAAAGAAAGAUUUGCCAAGUUGCUAUUGGGAGAAGAUAUGUCUGGUGGAGGAAAUGGUGUUUCAUCAGCUUUGGCUCUGUCCAAUGCCAUAACCAAUCUUGCUGCUUCUGUUUUUGGAGAACAGAGGAAAUUGGAGCCUAUGCCUGCUGAUAGAAAGGCUAGGUGGAAAAAAGAAGUGGAUUGGCUUCUCUCCGUCACCGAUUACAUUGUCGAGCUUGUUCCUUCUCAACAGACAAACAAAGAUGGAUCAAUCAUGGAGAUAAUGGUGACCAAGCAAAGAAAAGACUUGCUCAUGAACAUCCCGGCCUUGAAAAAGCUUGAUGCAAUGUUAAUCGAUUGCCUAGAUAACUUCAAAGAAGAAAUGGAAUUCUGGUACGUAUCGAAAGAUGCAGAUGAAUCGGAGCAAGGUGUCCAGAGAAACAACAAAUGGUGGCUACCAACAGUAAAAGUCCCGAAGAAUGGUUUAUCAGAUAACUGUCGAAAAUGGAUGCAAACACAGAAAGAUGCGGUCAAUCAAGUACUUAAAGCAUCAAUGGCUAUCAAUGCUCAAGUAUUAUCAGAGAUGGAAAUCCCAGAAAACUAUCUUGAAUCACUCCCCAAGAAUGGAAGAUCAAGCCUUGGAGAUUCGAUGUAUAAAAGCAUAACAAUAGACUGCUUUGAUCCAACAGAAUUCCUUUCGCACUUAGAUCUUUCAACCGAGCACAAAGUGCUCGACUUGAAGAACAAAAUCGAGGCCUCAAUUAUGAUAUGGAGGAGGAAAAUGCACCACAAGGAUUCUAAAUCUUCAUGGAGUUCAGCUGUAAGCACGGAAAAACGAGAGCUAUUCGAAGAGAGAGCCGAAACAAUCUUGCUCCUCCUCAAACUACAAUUCCCCGGCUUGCCUCAAUCAUCACUCGAUAUCAGCAAAAUUCAAUUCAACGUAGAUGUUGGGCAUGCUAUCCUUGAGAGUUAUACUAGGGUACUUGAAAGCUUGGCGAACACAGUCAUGUCUCGAAUAGACGACGUUCUAUACGCCGAUUCACUAGCACACGAUCCUUCUUUGGAGACAUGCAGUCGAACAGGGGAUCGAUUGUCUGGUCCUACAGAAGAUAGUGAGACACUAUCUGAUAUAAUGGGAUGGUAUUCGGAGAUGGCCGAACCAAAAGAAGAAACCACUACUACUACCACUACCAAAUCGGGAUCUUCGCAUAGAAGACAUUAUUAUAUGGAGAAGUUGGAGAGUUUGAGCGCUUUAAAGGGUCCUACGCGGCGAUACUUCUAGUUAAAUCUUCUCUGGGUAUAUAAGGGAGUUUUUACGGGUUUUUGUACAUCUAAUUCCUUUUUUUCUUCCAUGUAUAUAAACUGACUAGAAAGGAAAAUUAUUUAUUGAAAAUGUUUGAAAGUAAAUUCUUUUAAGAUUUUGAUAGAGAACACAUUAUGAUCAAAACCA